GCAGGAUGGCGGCCGACAACUCCUCCAGCGACCCCCACGCUCCCGGGCCGCAGCUCAGCGUGGCCGACGUCGUCAUCGUCGCUGUGUACUUCGCCGUGAACAUGGCCGUGGGCGUAUGGUCUUCAUGCCGGGCCAGCAGGAACACAGUGAGCGGCUACUUCCUGGCGGGCCGGGACAUGAUGUGGUGGCCGAUUGGAGCCUCCCUCUUUGCCAGCAGCGAGGGCUCGGGCCUCUUCGUCGGACUGGCGGGCUCGGGCGCGGCGGGCGGCCUGGCGGUGGCAGGCUUCGAGUGGCAUGCCACGUACGUGCUGCUGGCCCUGGCCUGGGUGUUUGUGCCCAUCUACAUCUCCUCGGAGAUUGUCACCAUGCCGGAGUACAUCCAGAAGCGCUACGGCGGCCAGCGGAUACGCAUGUACCUGUCUGUCCUGUCGCUGCUGCUCUCCAUCUUCACCAAGAUAUCGAUUGACCUGUACGCGGGGGCUCUGUUCGUGCACAUCUGCCUGGGCUGGAACUUCUACCUCUCCACCUGCCUCAUGCUCGUCAUCACCGCCCUGUACACCAUCGCAGGGGGCCUGGCCGCCGUCAUCUACACCGACGCCCUGCAGACGCUCAUCAUGGUGGUGGGGGCCGUGAUCCUCACGGUCAAAGCUUUCCAGCAGAUCGGCGGGUAUGAGCAGCUGGCAGCUGCCUACGCCCAGGCCAUCCCCUCCAAGACCAUCUCCAACACGACGUGCCACCUGCCGCGGGCAGACGCCAUGCACAUGUUCCGAGACCCCGCCACGGGGGACCUGCCGUGGACCGGCAUGACCUUCGGCCUGACCAUCAUGGCCACCUGGUACUGGUGCACCGACCAGGUCAUCGUGCAGCGGUCGCUGUCGGCCCGGGACCUGAACCACGCCAAGGGGGGCUCCAUCCUGGCCAGCUACCUCAAGAUGCUGCCCAUGGGCCUGAUGGUCAUGCCGGGCAUGAUCAGCCGCGUGCUGUUUCCAGAUGAUGUGGGCUGCGUGGUGCCAUCCGAGUGCCUGCGGGCCUGUGGGGCCGAGAUUGGCUGCUCCAACAUCGCCUACCCCAAGCUGGUCAUGGAGCUGAUGCCCACAGGUCUGCGGGGGCUGAUGGUCGCCGUGAUGAUGGCCGCGCUCAUGUCCUCGCUGACGUCCAUCUUUAACAGCAGCAGCACCCUCUUCACCAUGGACGUCUGGAGGCGGCUGCGGCCCCGCGCCGGCGAGCGGGAGCUGCUGCUGGUGGGACGGCUGGUCAUCGUCGUGCUCAUUGGCGUGAGCGUGGCCUGGAUCCCCGUCCUGCAAGGCUCCAACAGCGGGCAGCUCUUCAUCUACAUGCAGUCGGUGACCAGCUCGCUGGCCCCCCCGGUGACCGCGGUCUUUGUCCUGGGCAUCUUCUGGCGGCGGGCCAACGAGCAGGGGGCCUUCUGGGGCCUGAUGGUGGGGCUGGCGGUGGGCGCCUGGAGGCUGGUCCUGGAGUUCCUGCACCCCGCCCCGCCCUGCGGCCACCCCGACGUGCGGCCGGCCCUGCUCCGCACGGUCCACUACCUGCACUUCGCCGUGGCGCUCUUCGUCCUCAGCGGGGCCGUGGUGGCGGCCGUGAGCCUGCUGACGCCGCCCCCCGCGGGCGUCCAGAUCGAGAACCUCACGUGGUGGACCCUGGCUCGGGACCGGCCCUCGGGGGCCAAAACAGGUGACAGCCCGGCAUCCCAGAAACACGCCUUCUGGGCCCGGGUCUGCAGCCUCAACGCCGUCCUCCUCGUGUGCGUCAACCUCUUCUUUUACGCCUACUUCGCCUGACGCAGCCCCCGGGGCCCCUGCUCCCACCAAGCGCCCCGAGGCCCGGGGAAGGUGGCGCCCCUUGGUGGGUCAGUGCCCAGGGCCUUGCUGAGCCAGCAAAGCAGGAGCCCUGACCAAUUAAGGAGGAAGUGGGAGAAAAAAAAAAGCCUGUGAAACUUCACAAAUAGUCAUAAUUGGAAGCAAAUGAGAUUUUGAUGAA